GUGGUGGUGACUAUGGUGGGAAACAGAGGCUGGAGCGCGGCGGUGGUGGUGGUGGUGGUGAUGGUGGUGGUGAUGGUGGUGGAGGCCGGCGUGUCCCCCGACCACCCCCUGCUGAGGAACAAACGCGCCCUUCGCCUCAACGUGCCGUGUUUGGCUAACGGAGAGUUCUACCGGAACCCGAACGCAAACCCAGAGAAAGUGUGGAGUUUGGGGGAGUGUUCCAAGUACUACUUGUGUCUUGACGACGAGGUGUACGAGUUUAAGUGCUCUGUGGGUCUUCUGUUUGACAUCAACAGGCAGAUUUGUGACUUCAAGUCUAAAGUAUUCAACUGCGACACUCAUAUACAGACAACCACUCCCAAGCCCCUGCUGUCCACGGAGGAGCCUAUGUGUAACUUCGGGGAGUACGCAUGCGCAGACAGAACCUGCCUUCCCUCGGAGCUGUUUUGCGACGGGGAGGUGGACUGCGAUGACCAAUCUGACGAAGGCUGGUGCGAUGCUGACCACGAUCCGAACGCGGCCACUCGAUGUGACUACUCCAACUGCACCCUACCGGACUGCUUCUGCUCCAGGGACGGCACGCUCAUACCUGGCAACAUGGAGCCCUCACAGGUGCCUCAAAUGAUCACUCUCACCUUCGACGACGCCGUGAACUUCGAGAACUGGAACCUGUACAAACAGAUUUUCACGGAGACACGCACGAACCCCAACGGCUGCCCCAUCCACGGCACCUUCUACAUCUCCCACGAGUACAACAACUACCAGUAUGUGCAGCAGCUGUGGAACGAGGGGCACGAGAUCGCCGUGCACUCCAUCACACACAAGGGCCCUGAAAACUUCUGGACGCACAACGCGACCAUCGAGGACUGGUUCGAUGAGUUCGUGGGGCAGGCGAACAUCAUCAACAGAUUCGGCGGCGUGAGGAUGGAGGACCUGUGGGGAGUGCGUGUGCCUUACCUGCGCGUUGGAUGGAACAGACAGUUUAUCAUGAUGCGGGAGUUCGGCUUCGUGUACGACUCGUCCAUGGCGGCGCCCUUCUCUAACCCGCCGCUGUGGCCCUACACGAUGGACUACAAGAUGCCGCACAAGUGUAUGGGCACGGGCCAGAGGUGCCCGUCCCGCUCCUUCCCUGGCAUUUGGGAACUGGUCCUCAAUCAGAUGCAGGCAGGGGAGUACUACUGCGCCAUGAUGGACCAGUGCCCACCCACCAUCGACGAGGAUGACGUGUACGACAUGCUGAUGCACAACUUCAAGCGCCACUACGACACCAACAGGGCGCCGCUCGGCCUCUACUUCCACACCAUUUGGUUCAAGGUCAAGCACAACGUGAGGGGCAUCAAGCGUUUCCUGGACGAGGUGAGGAAGCUUCCUGACGUGUGGAUCGUCAACAACCAGGAGGUGAUCAAGUGGAUGAGGGAACCCACACCCAACUCUCAACUGGCAAGCUUCGAACCCUGGAAAUGCCAGCAGCAGAUCGCCCCUGAGGACAAGGCGUGCAGCAUUCCCAAGGCGUGCAAGCUGAAGAACCGCAUGCUACGUGGGGACAGGUACCUGCACACCUGCUUCGAGUGUCCCGACGUGUACCCAUGGCUCAAGAACGAGUUUGGCCUAAGACUUUAAGCGACCAAAACAAGGUGAGGAAACACGAGGACACAGAAUAAGACACGACAAAUUUGGCCUGAGACUUUAAAGGCCCGUAUUCUGAAACGCUCUGCUCUUUCACCACGACAAUUUUCAAAGGCCACAGAGAUGAGUAACAGGAUUCUCAAGAAUGUUUCUCCUGUCGAUAAUGUAGAAAUCUUAUUAAUCUGUAACUACAAUUAUAAAACACACUUAAAAAAAAAAAAACCGUGUAACUUUAAGUAUAGUUGUUUGAAAGUACUGGAGCUGCGGCGAAGGUUUCAGAAUAUAGUUCUUAAGCGGCCAGACAGGACGAGGACGAGGGCACGAGGAAGGACAGGAUAAGGACAUGACGAGUACCCAAGAACGUGUGACCUAAGACGUGACUCAAGGACAGGACAAGGACGCAAGGAGGACAUUGAGACCGAGGCAGAUUAGAAUGAUGAAUGAUUGAUUGAUUUAAUGGCGCCGCACUAGUAAAUUAGAGAAAAGGGUUAAGAAUGAUACUUUCCUGAAUGUUUUCCUCAAUGAAUUUAUGUUUUCUGUACGUCAGUCUGUCACCAUCUCCUUGGCAUCAACAGGUAUCACAAAACGCUCACGAUACUGAUGAAAAUAGAAUAACUUAAUUUCCAGAUAAUAAAACAAGGUAAGAAUAAACUGAUGGUCUGCAAAUGUUUCAGGUAAAAUGAAAAGAACAAAAAAUAUGGUCAUGAGAUACACUAAUUCAGUAAUGUUGAGAAAAAAACCUUAGUAGAAAUUUUUUUUAAUUCGUUUUUACUUAAUAUAGCAUUCGAAGUAAGAUUUAGUUUAUAGUUACUCGUAGUGGAAGAAAUAGUCAAGCACUUAUACGUAAGCCAUUACUGCUAACAGAUCAUGAGGUUCUCUAGUUCAUUAUUGUUAGAAAUUCCAGUACUAGUUCAAGUGUGUGGAUCGUGGUGGCGGAAAAAAAAAAAAAAAACAGAAUGAAGCAGUUUUAUUUUUUUAUUUAUUUUUUAUUAAUUAUCAUCUUUUAUUUAUUUAUUUUAUUUAUUUUUCUUUAUUUCUCCACCGUUUCGACAAACACUAUUCCCUCUAAACACCGCUUGUCGAAACCUAAAAGAAAUCAAGACCUGCUGAUUAACCGUGUUUCCUCACCACCACAGUCCGCACGCUUGUCUAGUCAACGCAACUACUGCAAGUAAAUUAGUGAAUGCGUCUUGUAACACUGAAUUCUCAAAAUGUUUAGACAGACAUCAUAGCGGAAAGAUAUGAUGUAAUAAAACUUUGGUGUCAUGUCAUAUUCACUUUUGUUGUUGUUUUGUUGUUGUUGUAGUUGCUUUAGAGUUAGCAACCUAUGUUACUUAGCACCUAUGUUUAUUUCAUUUUUUCUUCUUAAAAGAUAAACAGAAGGGAUAUCACGAAUAGAUGUGAAUGACUGAAAAGUUAUCCGUCCUGCCAUGUUCCUAAGGAUGCUGUCGAGAAUGUCAAAAGAGAAGGAGAGAGCGGGGAAAAAGUUAAAUCGCCUUAGUGAUUUAUUUCUUUUUUUUUUUUAGAAAUGUAUUAAUAUUUUGUAAGAUCUUACUUUUUCGUUUCGGUGCAUGGUGAAAAUGAAAGACUUCAAGUAAAAAAAUUGUCAUUUUCCAAAUUGUCCAUUCCUUUCUUUUCUUUAUCUUCUUUUCUCUUUUUUUUCAGUGCAUGGUCAAAAUGAAGAUUAAAUGCUUAGAAAAAAGUAAAAUUUAUCGACUUGAUAAGGAAACUGUUAUUACUAUACCAGUAUUUUCUAGUUUGACUAUUAUUAUUAUUAUUAUUAUUAUUAUUAUUAUUAUUAUUAUUAUUAUCCGUUGCAUGGCUAAGUUAAGAGCAAAUAGCGAGCUUUUUCUUUAUCAGUAAUUCUGUAACUCGUCGUCUGUGCCUGUGUGUGCCCAUCUGUGUUUCUCCUGCGCCAAUUGUGUAUUAUGGAGUACUGCCCUGUUAUUUCCUUCUUAUGUAUUGUUAUCUUGUUUUAUUUUAUUUUAUUUUUUCUACAUAUUGUUAUCUUGUUUAAUUUUGUUGUUAUUUCUUUUUCAUCGGCCAGUUUGUCGUCUUCCGCUUUCGUUUCUGCGUAUUACUUGUAAAGUUUUUAAAUAUUCGCUUUUAGUAUUAUUAUUUCGUUUGUUUUGUAAAUAGCUUACCACUGUUAUUGUUUUGUGCAUUAAACUUCUAUGAGCAAUUUUUU